UCCCUUCCUCUCCGGGUGAUGAUUCGCGAGGAGGAAGAUGCGCGCGCUCAGAGCCUUCCACCGACCUUCGCCUCCCUCUCUCCUCGGCCCUACCGAGACGUCGUUGUGGUGACGCCGCCGGAGCGCCUCGUCGGCUCCCCGCCGCGGGACUCCCAGGUGCUUCGCCUGCCUUCCAGCUGCUUCGACUCCCGCCCCCCCGCCGCUUUCAGCCACCGCUAGCCGCAGCAGCACCAGCAGAGCUCCUCCAACCCCGAGCGAGAGCGAGCGAGGCAGAUGCCCGACGCACUGCUGUCACCCCGGCUUCUACUAUGGUGGAGUUCCCAUCCCUCAGCCCUUACUGGCCGCUUCUUCGCUUCCUGGUGCCUCUGGCGAUAACCAAUGUUGCCAUCGACAUCGGCGAGCAGGCGCUCAACAGGGGCAUCGCCACCGUCAAAGAGGACGCGGUGGAGAUGCUGGCCAGCUACGGCCUGGCCUAUUCGCUCAUGAAGUUCUUCACAGGCCCCAUGAGCGACUUCAAGAACGUGGGCCUCGUGUUUGUCAACAGCAAGCGCGACCGCCGGAAGGCCGUCUUGUGCAUGGCGGCGGCGGGCGUCAUCGCCUUCGCGCUGCACAUCUUGAUAGCCUACACGGACUUGGGCUACUACAUCAUUAACAAGCUCCACCAUGUGGACGAGUCGGUGGGUCACAAAACCUGCAAGGCCUUCCUCUACUUGGCCGCUUUCCCUCUAUUGGACGCCAUGGCGUGGAUUCACGCCGGGAUCCUCCUCAAGCACAAGUACAGCGUCAUCGUGGGCUCCGCUUCCAUCUCAGACGUAGUGGCUCAGAUUAUAUUCGUAGCCAUCCUGCUGCACAGCAACCUGGAGUGCGUGGAGCCCCUCCUUAUCCCUAUCCUCUCCCUGUACAUGGGCGCCCUUGUCCGAUUCAGCAUCGUCGGCUUGGGCUACUACUGCAACAUCCAUGACACCAUCCCGGAUUCUAGCGGAUUGGAUGUCGGGGGUGAUGCCACUAUUAAGAAGAUGCUGAGUUUCUGGUGGCCGUUGGCGCUCAUCCUCGCAACGCAGCGCAUCAGUCGGCCAAUUGUUAACCUGUUUGUGUCAAGAGAUCUCAAGGGGACCACUGAGGCGACAGAGGCGGUCGCUGUGCUCACGGCGACGUAUCCGGUGGGCCACAUGCCGUAUGGUUGGUUAACAGAACUGAGAGCCGUGUAUCCCGCUUUUGAUAAGAACAACCCAAGCAACAAGCUGAACGCUGGCACCCCCGUCACCAAGUCGCAUAUUAAAAAGUUUACAUUCUGCUGUCUGGCAUUGUCGCUCACGCUUUGCUUUGUAGUUUUCUGGAGCCCUCAUGUCUCCGAGAAGAUCCUAGUGGACAUCAUCGGCGUGGAUUAUCCUUUCGCUAUGCUUUGUGUGGUGCCCCUUCGCAUUUUUUCUUUCUUCCCGCUUCCAGUGACAGUUCGAGCCCACCUGACCGGCUGGCUGAUGACGCUGAAGAAGACGUUCGUGUUGGCCCCCAGUUCGGUGCUGCGCAUCAUCGUCCUCAUCACUAGUCUGGUGGUGCUGCCUUACAUGGGGGUUCACGGGGCCACGCUGGGGGUGGGCUCCCUCCUGGCCGGCUUCAUCGGUGAGUCCACAAUGGUUGCCAUAGCAGCCUGCUAUGUUUACCGACAACAGCGUCACAACGAGCUUUCCAAUGAGCUAGUCGUGGAAGGCGAGGACUCCGCCCCCAUGAGCGAAGUGUGCUCACGCUCGCCCACGGACGCCAUCGAAGAGCUUCGUGACGACGAGGAAGCACGCGAGUGAGCGACAGGCCUCUCCUCCCCCCACUAUUUUCCCACCGACAGUUACCGUGCGGGGAAGACGAAAGCUGACGACGUAACCGCCUCGACGACGCUUUCCCCGUUGCCGUGACGACGCACACUGUAAAGAAAGCCAUCCGAGCGUUGAUCCAAUGACUGUACAUAGCGUCAUCGCUUCUUUGGUGUUUACUGGUAAACAAGGGAAAGACGAGGACAAAAUGCAGGAGAAGGGAAGGUGCUUCAGACAUUUGAGUUGAAAAUCUAGACUUUUUGCUGGGUUGUGCAAUUGUGUUUUACAUAUAAAAGUGGUGUACAGACCAUCGUUUUCUAAAGUGGAUAUUUGAACGAGCAGAGGGGUCGGGAAUCCCUCAUCAUCACCACCAUUAUCAUCAUCACGUAUUCACUUCCACGCAGUCGGACCUGCUUGUGUUUGGCCAAUCUUCUUCAUGUGCUGUAGAUACUGUACAGACAUUCUUAUUUGGCAAAUAAAUUGCUUUAUUAUUAUGUCGUUAAUGCAGUCUUCUGUUGCUUUCAAAAGGCGGUACUAGUUUGAAUCACUUUUGGCCAUUUUCAUUUGAUCUUUUUAUUAUUAAACAUUUUUCAUUAGAGGAAAUUUGGUUAAUUUUCAUUAUUAUUAGUAGUAAUAGUAUUUUUUUUCUUUUGCAAAUGUCAUUUUUUAAUAUAUUGUACUACUUUUUUAUAUUUAUGUACUUUAUAUUUACCUUAUAUUUAAGUAUAUAAGGUAUAUAUGCAAGUAUACGGAUUUGUACUUCAUUUUCAUACCUUAAAAAAGUCCUACCUAACAUAGUUUUUGGAUUAUUUUUUCUUUUCAACUUAUGUUGUUAAUAUUUUUUUCUAGAAUUCAUUUCUUCACGUUUUUUUAAACACCUUUUUUUUCCCAGAAUAGGAAACAUUUUUAAUAAAACAAGGGUUUAAUAUUUCUCAGCACUUAUUGAAUGUUUUUUGCAGUUUCUCUGUAUAAAUUUGUUGCCCUAAAUAUUUGUUUUUCCAAUUAAUUUGUACCCCUAAAUAUUUGUUUUUGCAAUUUUUUUUCCAAACAAUUCAACGGGUCGGGGAGGUUGUGGGUGGUUAAGCCUUGAAUUUUUUUUAUGCUUUCACUAAAUAAAAAAUACAAACAGAAAGCAAAUUAUGUGAACAGGAAAAUCUGAAAAUACUGAACUGAAUCCAGUGGUACCUUGAGACAAAAACGCUUUUUUUGCUUCAAGUUCAUAUUACAAAAAAUUAUUCAUAUAUAUUAAAAAUAAUAUGUACAGUAAUAAAUAAUUCUCAUUCGCACAAAGCAAUAAUGUAAUAUGUUCGACUCAAAAUGUAAACAAAAUAUACAACCCACAAUUUGCUAGUUUGUUGCUAUAUGUUUGCUAUUAAUUCGAGUAGUCAUGUGAUAACGUCUGUAGCGCGAGCUGGAACCUAACAAACUAGUUACACUCAAGCACCACUGGGGGGAGGAGACAAAGCAUUACAAAUGAUGACACGCAACCAGUUGACAUGACAGCAAAUUUAAAAUUAGGCUAUUUAAAGAAGAUUCAUUUAUGAAAAAAAUCAGACGCUUCGGAACAAAUUAAUUUUGUAUCUGAUGUACCACUGUAUAUUGAAUUCAAAUUACCGUAAUUUUCACAUUAUAAGCCACUACCUUUUUCCUCCGCUCUGAACCCUGCAGCUUAUUGUCAAGUGCGGCUUUUAUUGACUAAUCUGAGCAAAACGACCUGAGGUGUGUGUGAGCAGCUACACUUGCCAACCGUCAAUUGAAAAAUGGGAUCGUCCCGUGUUCAGAAACAAAACUGCUUCCCGUAUUAAGCUUACAAGGGAUGUGCUCUGUCCUGUAUUGUCAUGAAAAUCGAAAAUGGUGUUUUAUUUGUAGAACAAAUGAAUACUGGUAUGGUCCUUUUAAAGAAUAUGUAGGGGAACGCAUUACCCCGCCUCUCCUGCUUUCUUACCAAUGAGCUGGCAGAACAAUGACAAUUCCGCUCAUCUCAUUGGUCGAGGUACUGUGAGUUGCCAUUUUGAUACCGGAAGAUAGCGAGUGAAGAUACUGGAGGUUGGAAAUUAAGUUUAAGUGAAGCUAGAAGUUUCUUCUCUGUGUACUUUAUUUUCACUAUUUGUAUUAAAAGUAUGUGUUCUGUCAGUUUUGUUUGCAUUUCCACAUUAUAUUUGGAGUGCUCAUUUGCGAAACUUAUUGCUAAGGGGACUUUGAACGCACCUCAGUUUAUGUUUGCACUUUUAAAAAAGUAUGAAAAGUAUAUUGCCAGUAAUUAUUGUUUUUCGAUGUGCUUAUGCCACUCAAAUAUGCACCAAAUUAAUACAGGUCUGAGUAAAAUUAUUAUAUUAGAAUUACUGUAUUAUUAUUAUUAUUUUUUUUAAUAAUUAAAAAGUGAUCGUUAUCACGCUGGCCGGCUCUACCAAUGAGGUGCCCCUCAACCCUGCAAACAGUUAACGUUACUGUUUACAUUUAUGCUGGGCUGCUUUUGAGGUGUGUAAACACCCCAGUAAUGGCGGCCAAGACUAAAGGGCGACGCCCACAAAUCUCUACUCUGAUUAGUCAAUACUUUAGGGUUCUCAAAAAUAUCAAAGUAUUGGAAUUGAAAAGUAUCAAUACUCUUCCUUGUUGUCACUGGCUAAACUUGAUUUUGCACUACUCUUAAUAGAAGUGAAGAAUAUUUUUGGAUUUUCCUUUUUAACUUAUUGUCUGCCAUUGACUUGGCUUGAUAUCCAAUCCAUUUGAAGUGGGAGAGAUGGCAGCGAAUCCCUGCCACCCUCCCAGUUCAAAUGGUUUGUGUCAUGUUUCACACUCCCAAGUCCUUCCAUAUUACCUGACAGUUUGAAACUGUCACUUCUUGAUGGAAUUGAUGGAUGGACAAAUGAUUAUUGUGCUUUCGUUUUAUUUGAUGAGCAAGAGGCCACGUUCAACUGGGGGAGACACGCCACAUUCAUUCACUCUUGUGCAUUUUGUUAGGUUAGUAUUGGUCGUAAGGCAACACGGAAGGACCAAGCGGGCCUUUGGCGGCUGGUGGCACGCGUGUGCUCCUCCUGUCUGGCUUGGCGAAAGGCAACAUGUUAUGCACAAUGGUCGGAGAGAGAAAGGAAAAAAAAAAAUGCAAGCCCCUGAAUUCUUCCCACAGCAGUCCAGAUUAAAAUAAAUUAAUGAGUUCAAAAUUUGCGACAAUUCCAGUGUAGGUUUAAAUAAAAAAAAAAAAAAAAUUAAAAAAAACCCGAGACGGACCUGAGGUUUUUGGGGUUUGCAUGGGAGGGCAACUUCUCAGCUGGACCGCGCCACUCUGCUCGCUCGCACCUGGCCGACGGGCACGUUGUAGUGGCGGUCGUCUUCGGUGACUAAAGUGACACGGGGCCAGUCGUCCAUGUGCUCGUCGGGGUAGAAGGCCAAGAACUCCUCGGUGUUGGCUUUGUACAGGCGGAACACCUGGAGGGUGUGGCGUAGCGCGUAUCCCAGCAGACACAUCUCCACCUGACGAGAGGCCAGAAAGAUUUUGGUAGUCAAUUACACAAACUGGAUGAAAGACUUGGCGUCUAAUUAUCCUUAUAAUGUGAAUUUCAAUGAGUUUAUCUCUAGAAGACGUCAUAUUGGUUUGAGGUGGGAGGGUUGGCAGCGAGUCAAUGGCUGACAAUAAUAACGGCUGCUUUGAGAUCGAUAAAAUAAUCUUUUGAGAAAUAAAGUACCCUAUUUUCCACACUACACGGCGCAUCUUGAAUAAAUUACCCAUUUUUAAACUUGUUUUCAUAUAUUGUGCUGCAACGAUUAAUCGAUUAACUCGAUUAAUUCGAUUACAAAAAAGCGUUGAAUCAAAUUUUGCCUUUCGAGGAUUCAUUCAAAUCGAGUAGUGUUGUAAUGGUUUGUUAUGAAAGGGUUUGCAUUUAGUUUAAUUGAUUUGGGUGGAUACACCGACCUCUGUUGGCAAAAGUGUCUAUGACAACUCAUUUAACAUGGCAGGAUCCAGCUGCUCCCUGAUAAAACAAAGUUUUUGGUUUGCGCUAAUAUGAUUGUUUAUGCAUUCGUAAUUUAUUUAGAGGGAUAUUUAACAGGUUUUUGCGGGAAUAUGUGUUUGAACUAUUUAAUAGCAUUGUUUAAAAAAACAAAACAAAAACAGUUAGCAUUUUAUAGCAUUUAAGCUAGCGGACUUUUGCUAUGCAAGUUAGCCAAUUGUGCUUUUGUUUUCUAUCCUCAUUUGUUAUUAUUUUUAUACCAUUGAAGCUAAGCUCAGGUAUUUUAAUUCAUUUUUAAACACAUUUAUUACACUUGUGAAAUGAGUGCAUUUUUGCAUAGUUUGAAAACACUUGGAAA